GAAGGGCCGGGGCGGGGCUUGGGACGGCCCAGCUGCCCGGGUUCCUUCUCCCUUCGGCGCUGGCGGUGGCCGCGGUGGAACCCGACAGGCGCCGGCCCCGCUCCAGCACUAGCCGAAGCCGAAGCUGCAGCCAGGCCGGGGUCAUGGGCGCCCCGCGCUGCCCGGGUCAUGAGGACGGAGGCGGAGGCAGCGGGGUCGCUGCUAGAGCCCGGGGACUUUGUGCAGCUGCCUGUGCCCAUCAUCCAGCAGCUUCACCACUGGGACUGUGGCCUGGCCUGCUCCAGGAUGGUGCUGCGGUACCUGGGCCAGCUGGACGACAGUGAGUUUGAGAGCGCCCUGCAGGAGCUGCAGCUGACCCGGAGCAUCUGGACCAUUGACCUGGCCUACCUGAUGCGCCACUUCGGCGUGAGGCACCGCUUCUGCACCCAGACCCUGGGUGUCGACAAGGGCUAUAAGAACCAGUCCUUCUACAGGAAGCACUUUGACACAGAGGAGACCCGGGUGAACCAGCUAUUUGCACAAGCCAAGGCCUGCAAGGUCCUGGUGGAGAAAUGCACGGUGAGCGUGCAGGACAUCCAGGAGCACCUCGCGCAAGGCCACGUGGCCAUCGUGCUGGUGAACUCGGGGGUGCUGCACUGUGACCUCUGCUCCAGCCCCGUCAAGUACUGCUGCUUCGCCCCCAGCGGCCACCACUGCUUCUGCCGCACCCCCGACUACCAGGGCCACUUCAUUGUGCUGCGUGGCUACAACCGGGCCACCGGCUGCAUCUUCUACAACAACCCAGCUUAUGCCAACCCCUGCUGGCCCACUGUGUCCCUUGCAGGAAUGUGCAUCACCAGCAUCAGUAACUUCGAGGAGGCCAGAACCAGCUACGGCACAGAUGAGGACAUCCUCUUGGUCUACCUGGACAGCUGACAGCAGGAGCCCGGUGUGUCUGGGCCCUGGAGUGCCACCCCGGCCCAGCCGGGCCCGCUCGGGAGGCCCUGGCCCAGGCCCCCGGGCUGCUUGGGCUCGACGCAGCCUUGGCCCAUGUGACAUGCCCUGGGGGACCUGGGGAGGCCGUGACAUGCCCACUUUGUCUGCCCCUGCCGAGUGUGUCAUCAUGCCGCUUACCCCACACCCCUGCUGAUUGGUGGUGGCGUCCCCAGAGUGUCUGAGCAGAGCCUCCCCGGAUCCUGAUCCUGACUCCGCCUGUGCCUAGGGGACACGCAGCUCCUUGAGUGCCCUGUUGCCUGCGAGCAGACCCAGGACUGUGGGGGAGGCCUCCGCUCAUCUCCCCACAGACCUUGGGAUGGAGCCCUGGCAACGCCGCUUGUUAGGACAGUGCCUGUUGGAGACUGUGUAGCUGGCCCUGAUCCCUGGGGCUGUGAACUGCUUCAGGCCUUGCUGGGAGUCCUCAGUCCUCUCCCCUGGACGGGAUGCAGACCGCACCCCCCCUCCCACCCCACGGUGCCCUCGGGUGGAUACCACUGCCCCUCCCACCUCCCAGUGGACCCAAGUUCCCGUGGCUGGUUGCAAGGCCUCUGAGCCCUGGGCAGGGCUAGGCCUCUGGCAGAAAGGACUCUAAGACCCCCACAGGCACUACAGCUCUGGGGGUGGAGGGCCCUUAGGGAAAUGGACAGGGCCCUGUCUCCGGCAUACCUGACCCCAAGGGCUCAGAACAGGUGCCUGGACCCCAAAGACACCCCACCUAUGAGGCCUCCUGACACCAAAGUCCCAACAGCGGGGCCUGACCUCUGAGUGCAGGGGGCCCCAUGCCUCAAGGGGCUGGGUACUGGGGUGCUAGGGCUGUGCUCCUGAAGCAGUGGUGAGGGCAGCUGGAGGCCUCCCACCCACCCUGGGGUUCGUACUGGGAUCUUUUGCACAAACUGUUGGGUCUCUUCUGUCUUGACAGAGAAGGUUGGUGCCUGUCAGGAUCACGCAGCACGACACGUAGCAUGGACUAGAGCUUUUCCUUUUUUUUGGAGUGGGGGGCAGUGGUGGGUGUGUGUUUUUGAGAUUUAAGUUUUCACUUUUGGGGAGUGAGAAUCAUCCUCAAGUAAGACAAUAAUAGUGAGAUUGCAGGUACUUUGGAACCACUGACACCUCUUCACAGGGCAGGUAAGCCAGCCCAAAUUCUCUUUCAAGGAGAAGGGGGAACCCAUGGCCGGCAGGCUGAAUGCCAGGGCCCCUCACCUUACAGAUCGACCCCGGCCCAGGACAGUGGUGGAGUCUUGAAUCCAGGUCUGCACCUAAAGAAAUAAGGGAAAUGGGUCAUUCCCAAAGGGGCUGAAGAUACCCACCUGUCAUGGGCUGCCUUGGCAAAGAGGUGGGUUGCCCCAACAGCCACACUGCCCCAUCUUGAACUUCCAGUGUCCAAAGCAUGGCUGCUCUGAGGGGCAGGGGAGGGCCAUCAGACCACCGGGCCGCAUUCCUGCUCAAUGCCAGUGUCAGCCUUCAGAUGAGCGGGAAGCACUGUUAGCUGGGCAGCCCCCUGGGGUCAGAGCCGAGUGCUGCCUUCAGACUGGUCUCGUCUCCUUUGCCUUAAUGCUGGGGGGCCCCGAAUCCAGAAAGCUCUGGUUCCACUCCCAGGAGUUCAGUGCACAGCAGCUGUGGGUCUGGGGUGUCCUUGGGAGGGGAGGGGUCCGGGUAAAACGGUGGUGAAAUGGAUAGAUCAAGGAGAGCGGCGAGGAAGAGCAGCUUUCGGGAUGGCUGGGUGUGCGGGAGGCGUGGCGCACACGCCGGGGGCCGUCAUGUGGAGCGGCCUCCACAGACAGCGGUCAUAGCGCCUCAGCCCGUCAUGGGACAUCAGAAACGCUUGGCCCCUGGGCUCAGAGGAUGGCUUCUUGGGGCAAGUCACAAGUUAGAGGCCAGGCCACCCAUCUGGAAGAUAAGUGAGAUGGUGCAUCUACCUGGGAGGGUCGUGGAGGCAGGAGGCAAACCGUGUUGCACUGUGUUCUUGCACAAGCCAGGGAAACGGGGCCCGAGAAAGAACCUAACAUCAGGACCUGCCCACAGGACGUGGCACCCGUGACCUGCUGUCCACAUGCUGGGGCCACACUGGACAGUUUGCUUUGUUCACUGUAGCCACAUGGGGACAAAAGGGGUCUUUUGCAUUGCAGAGAUUUUAUACCUAAAUAUAUUUUGUUUGUAAUGAGCCAUUCUCGAUAAACAUUAUUCUCACUGCAAA